UGAAUACAAAAUAAUAAAAAAUGUCUUCUUCUCUUAUCCUUCUCAUUUACUCAAUCCAAUCCAAUCCAUUUCAAACCCAACAAAAACAAAUAAAAAAUAAACACCAUCUUAUUCUGACUCUGAUCUACAUCAGCUUCUGUAGAAAGAGUACAAUGUUAUCCUCUUCACGUUUCCCAAUACUUCCUAAACUAUUUUUUUCUCAUACCCAUAUUAUUAAUAUCAUCAUUAUUCAUGUUUAUUAUAACUUACCCUUUUUAAUUUCUAUAUCUGACCCUAAUUUCUUCCAAGAAUAGAUAUUACCUUUUUCCUGCAAAUUUUCUCAAAAAGUGAUUCUGGGUUCAUCCUUGUUUCUUGUACAAGAUAUUAUUCACCUGGAUUUUGGUCAUUUUUUUUGGAGGUGGGCAAUUCUUUUUCACCUAAAUUUGUUUGCAUUUCAUUAUUUUGUGCUUUUUUCUGGUCUGAUUACUUGUAAUUAAUUCUCAGUUUAAUUGGUUGGGGGUAAAGAAUCUCUCUUUCUUUUGCUAAUGGAAUUUUGUUGGUAAAUUAUGAGCUGGGUUUAGAUGGAAUUUGGAAGCUCUUUAAUUUAAAUUGUAAUUUGACCGUUGUGGGAAAUAAGAUAUCUUUUCCUGGGAAGGAAUUGGUAUUUUGAAACUUGGGGUUUUGGUUAGAUAUUGACAAAAUUGUUCAGAUCAUAAUUGUGUAUAUACCAUUUUGUAUAUUGUUGGGUUUUAGCUUAGUUUUGUGGUGAUACAAUCCUUUGUUAUUGGUGACUUGAUUGAGCUAUGGAUAUAAGUAAUGAAGCAGAUAUUGAUUUAUUCUCCAUUGGUCCUACUUCAAUUGUUGGUCGAACAAUUGCUUUCAGAAUAUUAUUCUGCAAGUCUAUGUCACAAUUAUGGCAUGAAUUAGCUCAUGUUUUAAUGGGGUUCAUGCGUGGGUUUAGAGGUUGUGUAGGUCCGAUUUUUUCAUGGUUUCAUCCCCGGAAUCCUCAGGGGAUAUUGGCAAUGGUAACGAUUAUAGCUUUUGUGUUAAAACGAUAUACGAAUGUCAAAAGAACAGCAGAAAUUGCUUAUAGGAGGAAAUUUUGGCGGAACAUGAUGAGAGCGGCGCUUACUUAUGAGGAAUGGUCGCACGCUGCCAAAAUGUUGGAGAAAGAAUCCCCGAAACUGAAUGAAUCGGAGUUUUAUGAUGUGGAGCUUGUGAGAAAUAAGCUCCAAGAGUUAAGGCAUCGUCGCCAAGAAGGGUCAUUUAGGGAUAUUAUCUUUUGUAUGAGGGCUGAUCUUAUUAGGAACCUCGGUAAUAUGUGUAACCCGGAGCUUCAUAAGGGGAGGCUUCAGGUCCCUAAACUUAUAAAGGAGUACAUUGAUGAAGUUACCACUCAAUUGAGAAUGGUUUGUGAUUCAGAUUCAGAAGAACUUAUUUUAGAAGAGAAGCUUGCGUUCAUGAAUGAGACAAGGCAUGCUUUUGGUAGGACUGCUUUGCUUUUAAGUGGUGGUGCUUCUCUUGGCUCUUUCCAUGUUGGUGUUGUGAAAACAUUGGUAGAUCAUAAACUUUUGCCUAGGAUAAUUGCUGGCUCGAGUGUAGGAUCUAUCAUGUGUUCUGUUGUUGCUACUAGGUCUUGGCCGGAGCUGCAGAGUUUCUUUGAAGAUUCAUGGCAUUCUCUGAAGUUUUUUGAUCAAAUUGGGGGCAUUUUUACAAUUGUUAAGAGGGUCAUGACACAAGGAGCUGUUCAUGAGAUCAGGCAGCUGCAAAUGUUGUUGAGGAAUCUCACAAGUAAUUUGACUUUUCAAGAGGCCUAUGACAUGACCGGAAGAAUUCUUGGUAUAACAGUAUGCUCUCCUAGGAAACAUGAACCUCCGCGUUGCCUAAACUAUUUGACUUCGCCUCAUGUUGUUAUAUGGAGUGCGGUGACAGCUUCUUGUGCCUUUCCUGGCCUUUUUGAGGCCCAGGAAUUAAUGGCUAAAGAUAGGACUGGUGAACUUGUACCCUAUCACCCGCCAUUUCAUCUUGGGCCCGAGGAAGGCUCAACCCCCUCACGCCGUUGGAGAGAUGGUAGCUUGGAGAGUGAUUUGCCUAUGAUGCAGCUGAAGGAACUCUUCAAUGUUAAUCAUUUUAUAGUUAGUCAAGCAAACCCUCAUAUUUCACCACUGCUGAGGAUGAAAGAGUUUGUGCGAGCAUAUGGGGGCAACUUUGCUGCCAAGCUUGCUCAUCUGGCUGAGAUGGAAGUGAAACACAGAUGCAACCAGGUAUUGGAACUAGGUUUUCCCAUGGGAGGAAUUGCCAAAUUGUUUGCUCAGGCUUGGGAGGGUGAUGUUACAGUGGUGAUGCCUGCCACGCUUGCUCAGUACUCGAAAAUUAUCCAGAACCCAUCCUAUGGAGAACUCCAGAAGGCAGCAAACCAGGGGAGAAGAUGCACUUGGGAGAAGCUUUCUGCUAUAAAAGCCAAUUGUGCCAUUGAGCUUGCUCUAGACGAAUGUGUUGCAAUUCUCAACCACAUGCGUAGACUGAAGCGGAGCGCUCAACGAGCUGCUGCCGCUCAAAGCCAGGCUCCAAAUCUCUCCAACUCUGUAAGACUCAAUGCUUCGAGAAGGAUACCAUCAUGGAACCGUAUUGCUAGAGAGAACUCAACGGGAUCUCUUGACGAAGAAUUCCUUGCUGAAGUGGCCUCCUUACAGCAAGUUGGAAGUGGGGCCGGUGGAUCUUCAACCCGCCAUCACAGAACCUUCAGGAAUAUUCAUGACAGCAGUGACAGCGAGCCUGAAAAUAUCGAUCUUAACACGUGGACAAGAUCUGGUGGACCCCUCAUGAGGACUGCGUCCGCCAACAUGUUCAUCGAUUUCGUUCAGAGCUUGGACAUGGAUGUGGAAACAAAGCAAAGUUUGACGGAACAUCUCAACUCUGCUGUAAUGCAAUCAGUUUGCAGGAACUCAGAGAACGGGGAUUAUGAUCCACGGGAUUCCGGAAGCCGGUCGGGGGUGAAUGGGGCUAGUAUUACCGUUUCUGAGGGAGAUUAUCUACAGACGGAGAGAAUCCAUAAUGGUGGGAUAGUGUUUAAUGUUGUUAAAAAGGAAGAACUCACGGUUUCAGCUCGGAGUAACGAUUCUGAGAGUUAUACCAGUAUGCCUAGCCCAGCUGCUGAGUGUGUGCAACUUGAAUGUCCCGAAAGAGAAACUGAUGCCAGCUCAGAGUCUGAACAUGAUGUUGAUCAAGAUGAUGAAAAGAACAGAGAUAAACCUGAUUCCUAUACUAUGACAGAAGACGAUCAUGGUGCAAGUGCAGAAAUUGGAAACAAUGAUGCUACUUCGGGAGUAGUGUUUCCUCUAGAAUAAAGGGUGUAGAAAAUGGCCUGAUCAAAAUUUAGUAUAUUGACAGGUUCUAAUAGAAUGAAUGAUCAAGAAUAGGUAGAAGCUCAGAUGCAAUACAUACCAAUAUCAUUGCAUCUUUCUUUGUGUGUAUAGAUCUGAUUAUAUUGGUUGUUUGUAAUGUCAGCAACAUCACGAGGUCGUAUCCUUAGGCCCUAGCUUUUUAGCUGAACUGUGAAUUUGAUUUGGGUAAAUUUUGUACAAAGUCUUAAUGGAAAUCCCACCAUUGCAGGUGAAGAAAUGACUGCUUUGAGGUUGAUUA